AUGCGGGGGCCUCUGGUCCUCGACCUGCUGCUUCUGCUGCUGCUGUGCGUGGCUCCAGGGAAGGGGCAGGAAGUCACCGUCUCCCUCAGAAGCUUAGGCUCACCCCUCCCCCACCUCCUGGCCGCCCCCAGCCCUUCUCCCUGGCCUCUCUUCUCCUGCCCAGGGCAGGCGGCAGGGCCUGAGGCCCAGGUCCAGGUGGUGUGGGCCCCGGAGGGGGGCCCUGCCCAGCUCCCCUGCAGCUCCGCCAGCCCCCUCCAGGGCCUCGACCUGCGAAUCCGAGAGGUCCUGUGGCAGCACUUCCCAGACAGUGCGCCUCCCGGAGCCUCCCCGGGCCCCGCCGCCGGGCCUGCCCCCCGGGGCUACACUGUGCUGCGGCUGACCCCCGGGGGCGUGCGCAGCGGGAAGCAGCCCCUUCAGCCCCGCGUGCAGCUGCAGGAGCGCGGCCUGCAGCGCGGCGACUUCUCGCUGUGGCUGCGCCCGGCCCGGCGCGCCGACGCCGGCGAGUACCGCGCCUCCGUGAGCCUCCGCGACCGCGGCAGCGUGUCCUGCCACCUCCGGCUGCGCGUGGGCCAGGCCUCCCUGACGGUGGCCAGCCCCUCCGGGGCUCUUGGAGCUCUCAGGUCCUUGGACUGGGUCGUGUUGAACUGCUCCUUCAGCCGCCCCGACCUCCCCGCCUCCGUGCGCUGGUUCCGGGGCGCAGGCCGGGCUCCGGUGCUCCCGGCCGCGCACCUCUACGCCGCGGGAAGCUUCCUCUUCCUGCCCCACGUCGGCCCCGCCGACUCCGGCCUCUGGGGCUGCGUCCUGGCCUACAGGGACGGCUUCAACGUCUCCAUCACCUCCAACCUCACCGUGUUGGGCCUGACCCCGGCAGCCCCCCUGACCGUGUACGCUGCUGCGGGCACCAGGGCAGAGCUACCCUGCCACCUGCCCCCCGAGGUGGGAACCCAGUCUCCCCUCAGUGCCCAGUGGAGCCCUCCUGGGGGCGGACCGGACCUCCUGGUGCCCGGAGACCGGGGCAACUUCACCCUCCGGCUGGACGCCGUGAGCCGCGCCCAGUCUGGGACCUACACGUGCCAUGUCCAUCUGCAGGGGCAGGGACUCCAAGUCACUGUCACUUUGGCCGUCAUCACAGUGACUCCCAAGUCCUCCGGGUUUCCUGGCAGCGUGCGCCAACCCUUCUGUGAGGUGUCCCCGUCGUCUGGACGGGAGCGUUUUGUGUGGAGCGCCCUGGGCAGAGAGUCUGAGGGCAGCACUCCGGGACCCUGGCUGCCCCUGCAGGACACCAGUCUGCCUUCCCAGCCCUGGCAGUGCCAGCUCUACCAGGGGGACAGGCUCCUCGGGACGGCGCUCUACUUCCCUGAACACACUGGCCCAGGUGCCUGGUCGUCUGGGGGAGCCCCUGGCGCCUCGAAAGCUGCCCGUCUUCCUCUCUUUCUCACCCUGGGUGGCAGUUUUCUGCUUCUUUUGGGAGCCGGAGCCUAUGGCUUUCAUCUCUGGAGAAGACAGACCAUCUCACAGUGGAGACCUAGAAGGUUCUCUGCCUUGGAGCAGGGGGUUCACCCACCUGAGGCUCAGGGCAAGAGAGAGGAACUGGAGCUGGAGGACCCGGAGCUGGAGCCGGAAGACCCGGAGCUGGAGCCGGGGACAGAGCCGGAGCCGGAGCCAGAGCUGGAACCCGCGCCCGAGCUGGAGCUGGCGAUGGAGCCGGGGCCGGAACUGAAAUAGUCCCGAGCAGGAGCAGAGGCGCCAGCCGGCUCCACACCCCUGUCCAAGUCCAAAUAAACGCCCUGU